ACACAUAAAAUAGGAAGAAAAAAAAAAUUGAAAAAUUCUUGACGGUUUCGGUUUUGUAUGUUCCAACAGUGCAAAGCUCACACAGCCAGUUAACAAGUCUUUUGCACGCAAAAUUAUAUAUAGUCGUUGUUGGCCUCUAGUUCGAACAAAUAAAUUGAUUUCGGUUGUGUGCUAAGAAAAUAAACGAUAAAAUAGAAAAUAUUAAGCCGAGUGCUUGCAAAAGUGUAGUCAAAAAAGACGUUUUUUAAAGAAAGAAAAAUUAUUUGAGAAAUACAAAGUGCAUCGUGAAUAUUUCAGACGAAAUUAUUGCCAUUUUCUACCAGCGGAAUUUAUCUACAUAAUUUUGGCAUCGCGAUGGCUGCUCAAGCAGCCUGUACGCGCUUUUCCGACAACUAUGAUAUCAAAGAGGAGUUGGGAACCGGAGCCUUUUCGAUAGUUAAGCGAUGUGUACAAAAAUCAACGGGACUUGAAUUUGCAGCCAAAAUCAUAAAUACUAAAAAAUUAGCAACUAGAGAUUUUCAGAAGCUCGAAAGAGAAGCUCGAAUUUGUCGAAAAUUACAGCAUCCAAAUAUUGUACGGCUGCACGACAGUAUACAAGAAGAAAAUUAUCAUUACCUCGUAUUUGAUCUUGUGACAGGCGGUGAACUGUUUGAAGAUAUUGUGGCCCGUGAGUUCUAUUCAGAAGCUGAUGCAUCGCAUUGCAUUCAACAAAUUUUAGAAUCAGUUAACCACUGUCAUCAAAAUGGUGUGGUUCAUCGAGAUUUGAAGCCUGAAAACUUGCUACUAGCUAGUAAGGCGAAAGGUGCUGCUGUGAAAUUAGCUGAUUUUGGUUUAGCUAUUGAAGUAAUGGCCGAACAACAGGCAUGGUUCGGUUUUGCUGGUACUCCUGGUUAUUUAUCACCGGAAGUGCUGAAAAAAGAACCUUAUGGUAAAUCAGUAGAUAUAUGGGCGUGUGGGGUUAUAUUGUACAUUCUCUUGGUUGGAUAUCCACCGUUUUGGGACGAAGAUCAACAUAGACUGUAUUCGCAAAUUAAAGCUGGUGCUUUCGAUUAUCCUUCACCCGAAUGGGACACUGUGACACCGGAAGCCAAGAAUUUGAUUAAUCAGAUGCUGACUGUGAAUCCCUAUAAACGUAUCACAGCAGCUGAAGCUCUGAAACAUCCAUGGAUCUGCCAAAGAGAACGUGUGGCGUCUGUCGUUCACAGACAGGAAACUGUUGAUUGUCUCAAGAAAUUCAAUGCGCGUCGUAAACUUAAGGGUGCCAUCUUGACUACGAUGCUAGCAACUAGAAACUUUUCAAGUAAAAGUAUGAUCACUAAGAAGGGAGAUGGAUCUCAAGUAAAGGAAUCGACUGACUCGAGUACUACAAUUGAAGACGAUGACGUUAAAGCUCGUCGGCAGGAGAUCAUUAAAAUGACUGAGCAAUUGAUUGAGGCCAUAAAUAACGGUGAUUUUGAUGCAUACACCAAAAUAUGUGAUCCACAUCUAACUGCCUUCGAACCGGAAGCACUCGGUAAUUUGGUCGAAGGAAUGGAUUUUCAUAAAUUCUAUUUCGAAAAUGUGCUCGGCAAAAAUUGUAAGGCCAUCAACACGACCAUACUAAAUCCACAUGUUCAUUUGCUCGGUGAUGAUGCCGCAUGUAUUGCAUACGUUCGACUUACUCAAUUCAUUGACAAACAAGGCCACGCACACACCCACCAAUCGGAAGAGACUCGUGUAUGGCACAAGCGAGGCAAUAAAUGGCAAAAUGUUCAUUUUCAUCGAAGUGCUACCGGUCAAAUUAGCGGUGCAACUCCAUUCGAUUUUGUCAAUCCUCACAAAUAGAAUUAGUUUCCCCUUUUGUUAGAGUACUUUAAUAAAUAGGAAAACUGAAUCGUAUUCAUUAAACCAAAAAAAGAUGGGAAAAGAUAUUUAAAAUUGGAGGAAGAAGACGGAAAGGAUAAAAGAAAAUAUUUAAUUAAAGAAAACCUGAGAUAUGACAACGUAACUUAUUUAAUACUAAAAAAGAAGAAGAAAAGUUGCCACCCAGCAACUGAAACAUUAAUUUAUUUAAAUGAAAAAAGAUCCAAUAGGAAACUAAAAUAGUCUUGAUUUUUAGCGAGUAUGUAGUUUUGACUAGUAAAAUAUUGUUAGUUAGUUCCGUCACUCCAACUAAAUGUUGUUCUAAAAAACAAACUUUCUUUUUAUCGAUAAUUUUGAGAGUAAAGAAAAAAAUUUGCUAGUCAAAAGUGACACCACGCAUUAAUUUACUUAAAAUAUCAUAAGACAAAAGCAAUUUUUUUUAGUAAUUUUUAUUUUCGCUCUUUUUUUACACAUUUUCUUUUUCGUAUUAUAAUUGUUGUAUUUAAAAUAUUUUUUUAAAGAAAAAGAAGAAGAAAUAGCAGGACUAUAUUUAUAUAUAUGCGUGUUUAAUGUUUGUUUGCUCAGAUAUAAUCUAAACAAAAUAUUUAUUUAUCGGUUGAAAUCUAAGAGUUUUUUUUCUUCUUCUUUCCGUUUGUUAAAAUAUAAUUGAAAAUAACUUUGUGCAAACGUUGGUUUUCUUCAACCAUUAAACUGAUUAUAUAAAAAAAGAAAAUUAUGUGAGAUCAACAUUAAAAAAAAAACUUCUAAAACUAACUUCGAAAGAAAGAAGGAAAAAAAAACAUUAAACAUAACAGAACAUUGUAAAUGAAGAACCUAUUUAAAUGUAAGAAUGCAGUCAAAGAGUUAGGCUUUAUCUAUUAAUUAUAAAAAUUUAAAUAUAAAAAUUAAAGAAAAAAAUGAAGAAAAUUUAAACAAAAAAAAAACACUUGAGCUAUAUAUUAAAUCUAAAUUGUAUCAACUUUAUAUUUAUUUAAAAAAAAAUGAAAUGAACUUAAAACUGAGAAAAUUUUCGAUGAAAUUGUUAGAUUUUGUUAAAAGAAAAAAAAUUAUUAAAUUUAGAGGAACAAAAACUAAUGAAAAAAAAAACUUAAAAUUAAAACUAAAAAAAUGUUCUCGACAUAAAAAACUUGAAAAAAAAAUCAUGAUUUUAGUGUAAUGGUCUAACGAGGCGUGUUUGUUAGGUAGCUAUUAAAAUUUUGUGAAAAAAUAAAAAUUGAAUCCUAGAAUCGGCAUAGCUUUAUCGGACAGAAGAGAAAUGAAAUUAAUUUAGUAUGGAAGACUUUGUGGAUGCGGAAUUAUUUUGUAUAUCAGUUAACAGUACAAAACCAAAUGUGUUGUUGAGCUUUUCAUUAACAAAUUUGUGGACUUGUUCAGAGUUUUCCAUUUCGGGUUCAAUAACCCACCAAACUUUGCAGAAAAAAAAAUUUUUGCUAUUAAAUCGUCAUAAAGCCUUUAGGAUUUCUUAGGACAUAGGAAGGCGACACAAAUACAUUGAAAAGCUUAUAUAGAUCGACACACCUCGAAUUCUACUUAUAAAUAAGAAACUGUAAGUCAUCUCUCAGUAUGUACUGUACGGAUAAAUGACUUAUAACUUCCAAUUUAUAGGAAGUCUCAUAAGCUACAGUGUAUUUGCUCAGUCUCCCAGACUAAAGAAAAAAAAUGGAAAUUUUACCUGUCGCAAACGCUAAUCAUGGUUUGCGUAAAAAAUGAUAAUGCUGCUGUUGCUGCUAGCGUGAAUUAGUUCACAAUGUUCAUAUUAUAGUAAAAUUUAAGUGAUAAUCGUGUUUCCUAAAUACAAACAGGCAUUCGAAUCGAUUUUAUUUGAAACGUCCAAAAUUGCCCAUUGAAGAGAUUGACAUCCAAAUGUAGAUUUAAUGAAGAAGACAAAAAUAUUUUGCAACUCUGUUUUACGAUUGGUGGACAAACGAGAAACCAUUCACAACAAAACUUAGUAUCUGAUCUGGACCAAUUUUAAGGUUUAACUUAAACACACACCUCACGCAGUAAAAUGUUAACUUUUAACGCCCAUGUUAGACGAAACGAAUAAUUGAUCGAAUUGGUCCACCAGUGAUGUUAGUAGCUAUAAAAUGUACAAACGAAAAUUUUUCUCUUUGUUUCAACCAGGAAUGACGUAGACACGAGAAAAAAUGCUAACGUUGAAGUUUAUAAUCGUUAAAUGUCUCUUUACAAUUCAUCUGUCCCAUUUUUCGCCUUGCUAUGGGACCCAUUUGAUCAGUGUCACUCUAUCACCCAAAGACUUUACAAAAAGAAUUUUAUACGAAAAACGGAAAAACUUUGAGAAGCAUUUCAAUGACAAUCCUCUGUUCAUAGGUUCACUUUUCGAAUUUCAGGUGUGUGUGUGUAUGAUAGAAAGAGAAAGAAAAUAUUGUUGGAGUGUAGUGACGGGACCACCGGAAUUUAGCAUAUAUACCAUUAAGAACCAGAGAGAAAACAAUGAAAAUUUAUCGCAAUAUUAUUCAUGUUGACUAUUUCACACUGGCAAUUUUGAGUUUAUCGAGUCACACCCAAGACAGUUUGUUUUUAUCUAUCCUCUUAAAAAAAUAAAAUAAUUUUUUAAACCCAGGUACCAGGUCUGUGCUUCCAACAUAUCCCGACUGAUUCACACGAUCUGAAUAUUCCAAAAAAAAACAAAAAUAAAUAAUCCGAUUGUCGACAAGCACAUUCUCUCAGUGAAAUUGAAAUGUUUUGUUUAUCAUUUUCAUGCCAUUGAAACAUUUCUUCUGUUUAUACGAAUGAAAAUUUUGUUUUUGUUUUGGUCGAAUGUGUGUUGCAAAGUUAGAUACCACUCACUACAACCAAAAAGAAAAACAAUUGAUAAAAAAUGAUGAUGAAAUGACAUAAAUAAAAACUGUAGUUAGGACUCAAGUAAAAAGUGAACAAAUGAAGAAGAAGAAAAUUAAAAUAUUUUUUUCACUAAAAUACUACAAACAUACUUAAAAGCUAAAGAUAAAAAAAUGAUGAUGAAGGGAGAGGAUAAUUGUUAAAAACAAAUUAGUACUUAAAUAUAUAUGGAACAACCAACCAACACACACACACAGACUCAAAGAAAAAAACAUUUAAAGAAAACAAAUUUGAUUUUUAGUCAAAAUCCGAUAAAAAAGUUUAAGAAGAAAUGGAACUCUUUUAUACAUAACUAGCAAAAAUUGUAAGAAUAUCCCCCAUACUUUAAAUUAUUAUAACUAUGUAUUAUUCGUCAUAAUAAAACAAUUUAAAAGGCAAAAAAAAAUUUAAAUAAAAAUAAAUUUAUUAUAAAAAUUAUGUGCUGUGUUCACGUUGUGUAUUGUGGGAGUGUAUACAUUUGUUAAUGAAAAUAAAUAAAUGAAGCAAACCUUUGCAUUGAAGUAUAACAAUUCAAAAUGAAAGAAACAAAUUUUUUGCAAAACCAUUCAUAGAAAAGUUAAAGAUUUAAUUAUAAAAAAUGCGAAAAAAAGUGUUGUCUAAACCUAAUAAUUUAAUAUCGACAAGUCAGUGUGUAGCACAGCACAAUUGCUAUAAAAAAA